AUGAACACCUGCCUGCUCUCGGUUCUGUGCCUCCUGGGCGCCUGGGCCAUCCUGGCGGACGGAGUCAUCGUGCAGGAUGGAGACCUCUCUUUUCCUCUGGAAUCGGUGAAAAAGCUUAAGGACCUCAGGGAGCUCCCGAAGCCCAGGCUGUGGAGCCGCCGGAAGUCUGCGCCCAUGCAUGGGGAGCUACAGGCUCCCUGGCUCUGCAACUCCCCCGAGUUUCCGGAACCACUGCGGCCCUUGUGCAAGAAACCCGACGCCCAGGAGAUCCUCCAAAGGCUAGAGGCCAUCGCUCAGGACCCAAGCACAUGUGAGAUCUGUGCCUAUGCUGCCUGUGCUGGAUGUUAAAGCAGCUUUGCCACUGCCUGCUGGAAGGGAAUCCAGGACACCCCCUCUCUUAGCAGUUCAACUUAGCUUGGUGGCAGGGCGA